AUGCCGUCGGCACCAUCAAUACAGCCUCCUCCUUUCGACUCGCCUCCUCAAGAUGCUCCUUCUGCAUCAUCAACCCUCCAACCGCUCACACCCUCCGAGAUCGAAUCGAUCGUCCUCAUCGGUCCCGAAGACUCGCGCCACUGGUCGCAGAACAAAAAAUGGCUCACCACCGUCAUCAUCUCGCUCAUGGGAUUCAUCUCCCCGCUCGGCUCCUCCAUCCUCGUCCCUGGUAACGGCUUCGUCGACCACACCUUCACCCUCAACUCGCGCACCCUAUCGCUCCUACCCGUUUCGCUGUUCGUCAUCGGACUCGGCAUCGGUCCAUUCGUCCUCGCUCCCUGCUCCGAAACUGUCGGCAGACAACCUGUCUACGUCAUCACCAGUCUUCUGUUCAUCGUCUUCAACCUCGCCUCGGCCUUCUCGCCCAACUUUGUCGUUCUCAAUGUAUUGAGGAUCUUUGCUGGGGCUGCGGGGAGUACCGGUCCGAGUUUGGGUGCGGGGAGCAUCGGUGACAUGUUUGCUCCGAGAGAGAGGGGUAGGGCCCAGAGCCUGUAUGGGUUGGGUCCGUUGAUGGGUCCCGUGUUGGGAAGCAUCAUCGGAUGUUUCAUCGCCGCGGGAACGAGGGAUUGGAGGUGGCUACUGCACACGCUGACCAUCAUGUCGGCUGUGGUGUUCGUCAUCAUCGUCAUGUUUCUCGAUGAAACGUACGCUCCCGUCCUGUUGCGAAAGAAACGCGAGAAAGCGGUGCAACAGCGUCAACUCGAAAUCGAUCAGCAGAACCCCAAAGCAAAGUCCAUCAGAACUCCGUCUUUCCUCAAGAAAACGGGCAACUGGUUCAAACGAUACCUGCCCAGCAACGAGAUCCUGCACAAGAUCAAGACGGCGCAAUCACGUCCCUUCCGUCUGCUGUUCACCAACCCGAUCUGCGCCAUCUUUUCGUACUACCUCGGUUUCUGCUACGGUAUCAUCUACCUCUUCCUCACCCAACACCCGCUGCUGUUCCAGACCCGAGCAGGCGAACCGGAUGCUCCAUCCGAGGACAUCUUGCCCACGUACAACUGGGGUCUCGGAAUCUCUGGCUUGAGUUAUCUAGGGUUGGGGUUGGGUUUCUUGGUGGCGGCGUUUACGAAUGCAGCGCUGCAGGAUGAGAUCUACGCCAGGCUGGUGCUGGCCGAUGGAAAGCUGGGGUGGUUCUUGUUCAAGUCAAAGGAGGAGAUCAAGAAGAUCAUGAAGGAGAAGGAGUUCGAUCGGCAGGCGAGGGAUGUCGAGAAGCAAGUGGCGGAACGGGGAUCGGACGAAUCGCAUUCCCACAACAGCAGCAGGAGACCGAGUGACAAUGUCGAUGGGAUCAACUCUCACUUUGGAAACGUCACUCCCAUCGUCAACCCCGAUCACACGUCUACCUCCAUCAAGGACCAAUCCACAAGUCCCACCGAAAAGAAGCUCUCACCACCUCCUCCUGCUCCCGCCACUGAAACGAAGAAAGGUCGACCCGAAUACCGCCUCCCUCUCUGCUUCGUUGGGAUGCUCAUCCUCCCCCUCGGCCUCCUCCUCUUCGGCUGGUCCGCCGCCAACCAGACCCACUUCAUCGUACCCCUCAUCGGGAGCUUCGUCGUCGGCUGCGCCACCAUCCUCUGCUUCCAGACCAUCCUCGUCUACCUCGUCGACGCCUUCGUGCCGUACUCGGCCUCAGCGACGGCUUGCGCGGUGCUCAUCCGAAGUCUCUUGGCAGCAGCGUUUCCGUUGUGCGCGGAAUACAUGUUCGAGGCGUUGGGAUACGGGUGGAGUUGCACGUUGUUGGCGGGGAUCGGAUUGCUGGGGUUGCCCGUGCCGUUGGUGCUGUUCAGGUAUGGAGAGGGGUUGAGGAGUAGGUACAAGUUCAAAGGGUAG